AUGCACAUCGAGGGACUUCAUUAUAGCAACAAGUCGUCCAGCUUUGCUUUUGUCGAGCUACAGGGAGUCAGACUGGGCCAUGUGCAUGCGCGAGGAGGCGUUGCUGUACCUUCCAUGCUGCAUGGAUCUGCAGACCGUCCAGACUCUGUUCCAUUUCCGAGGAGUGGAACUAUGGGAUGGCAUUACAGUAAAAACUACAGCAAUGUGCUUCCGAUUUUAGUGAAGAACUCAAUAAAAACGGGGCGAGGGAAAGGAAAAACGAGAGGAAAGUCCUUUGUUAGGACUGGCCCUGAGACAAAAAAAGUUGUCGUGACUCGAAUGUACAUGUUAGCCUUUUGCCAAAACACGUGUUUUCCAACAGAACGUUUGCAGUGGACCCUAUAUUCCUCCCUCCUUUAA